AAUACAUAUAUAAUAAUAACUAAUACAUGCCCACAACACAAGGAGAUACUUGAGGGUAGUUGCCAAGUAAACAGCCAAAUAAAGUUGCUCCAUAAAUAAAAUUGUAAUAAAAUAUAAUUACUGAAGAUAAAGUGAAAAUUAAUGUUCAGAACUACAGCUUAGACAGAGCUACCUGCUGGCAAGUGUUUUCUCUUUUCCAUUUCUUCAGUAUCACUAUUUACAUCGCAAGAUUUAUUUCUACACUUAACUGACUACAUAAUACACCACAAGAUAAUGGAUUCCAUUACCAACACUCUCACUGGUCUCAUGGAUAGCUUUAAUAAGAGGAUGGCAGAGUUUGAAGCACAGUUGCAGAAGGCACCAGCAGAACCAUCCCACCCAAACUUGACUGCAGAAUUUCAAGCCUUCAGAGUCUUCAUAACCCAGGCUGUCACUAGCUUGCAGCAACAGGUGGAAUUGCUUGCAAGAAGCAUUGACUCCAUGGAGAUGCGUGGUCGGAGAGGCAUCUUGUUGCUUCAUGGUGUCCCCGAGGCGAAGGAUGAAGAUGCAGCACAGGUGGUGGUGGAUGUUGUCAAGGACCGCUUGAAGAUGACUGACUUCACACUAGCUGACAUCAAGAGGAGUCACCGGAUGGGACGGUCAUCUACUGCCUCAAGAUCACGGCCUAUAUUAUUCAAACUUAGGGAUGUUGCUGUCCGUGACAACAUUUGGUUCAACAAAACCCAAUUAAAAGGUGCCGGUAUCACCAUCUCGGAGUUCCUGACCAAGUCGAGGCAUGACCUGUUCAUGGCUGCACGAAAGAGCCUCGGGGUGACUAAGUGCUGGACGAGAGACGGGUGCGUUUAUGUUCUUGCACCCGAUGGGUCGCGGCAUCGUAUUACAACUGCUGCAGAGUUAAGUGCAUUAUUGCCGCAAAAUGCCACGGAGUCCCCGAAGGAGCCUGCGACCGUCUACGCUCCACGGAAGCCCGUCAUCACAAGUAGGCCCAAACGUGCUGCUGCAUACAAAAAGUGAAUUGUUCGUCACUAAUGUAUCGAGUCCGGGUAGUAUUACUUUUAUUUUUUAUAUUUUUCCACAAUUAGCACACCCACCUAGUCAUUUUCUUUCCUUCUACAAAUGUAAAUUGUAAAUAAACAAGUGGGUAGUGGUAGUGUUCUAGUCUUGUCAGAUUGACAGCAAACAGCUGCUGUCACACUCAGGCGACAGGUAUUCUCGUUCCAGUCACUGACAUAUAAGUAAAACCUGUCAAUUGUAUUUACUGCUGUUAUUAUCGGUGACUUAAUGCCCGGACUAAGGAUUUAUUAUUAAAAUAAAAUAGUGUUGUUCCUAGUUUUUUAGUUAGUUUUAAGUUUUAGAAAAACAUAGUUAUUUGCGAUUGUAUGAAUAUAUAAUAUCUAUCUAGCACGGCCGGCAGGUGGACUGUUUAUCUGUCCCCUUUUAGUAGUUUUUUUUUUUUUUUUUUUAAAUUUUAUUUAUAUAUAUUUCUAUUUAAUACAGUUUUUAUUUAUUUUUUACAUUUUAUGUCUUCUCAUGACAAUAGCAGCGAAUCGGACACGUUCUUUUCAGCCAGUAGUAUCGAUGACAGUUUUGCAAGCUUACCUUCACUUUCAGACACGCUAACUGCACAGUUUUCUGAUGUUCCUAGGAAUUUUAAUGCCGUACACAUAAACGCUCAGAGCAUUCCGGCACAUUUCCCUGAUAUGCUGGCAAGUUUUGACUGUAAGAAUGUUCAUGCAAUUCUUGUCUCCGAGUCGUGGCUCAAGCCUUGUCUCCCGACAGCGGCUUAUUCUCUCCC